AUGUUUGCGGUGUGCGAAAUUCGUUUGGCCGCCUGCGCCCUCGCCCACCGCCGCCUGGCGAUGUCUCGGCGGCGCGGCGCGGCGCGGCAGUGGGCGAUGGCGUACGGAGGUAUGUUGCUGAAUCAAGAAUCCAUUUUGAACUGUUUAAUAUUGCAGAAACAUGCGGCGGUGGCGGUGGCGUGGCGGGCGCGGCGGGCCGUGGAGGUGGCGGCGCGGCGGUGCGCGGCGGUUGGCGGGCGCGGCGUGCGGCGGGGCGCGGUGCGGCGCCGGCGCGGCGGCGCGCGGCGGUGCGGCUACGGUGGCGGCGGUAGAGGAGGAGGAAGCGAGGCGCGCGGAGGGCCUCGUGUAGUGGGACGGAGACACAGGCGAGACGGCACUGCGGAAUGUAUGAUUACGUGA